GAAGCCAGGGUCAGGUAGAAGUGUAUUCACUUAUCGUUAUCUUAAACAAGCGUUUUAUUUACUAUAAGUAUAACUGGCGCACUGGCAGUAAAACCAGAGACCGGCAAGUGAAGACAUUUUUUUAAGUUUCAGUUGAAAAAUGGCGUUGCGUUGGGGAAUUGCUUCUUCUGGCUUAAUUGCUAAUGAUUUCGUCACUGCCUUGAAGGGGCUGCCGAAGGAAGAGCACCAGGUCGUAGCUGUAGCAGCCCGAUCUUCAAGCAGUGCGGAAAAGUUCGCCAAAACCCACAACAUCCCCACCUUUCACGAAGGCUACGCAAACCUAGCGAAAGACCCGAAUGUUCAAGUGGUUUACAUCGGAGUCCUGAACCCGCAACACCACGAAGUGGCGAUUUUGAUGCUGGAAAACGGGAAACACGUACUAUGCGAAAAGCCGUUCACUCUGAACGAAAAGCUGGCGCGCCAAGUGAUCGAAGUGGCUCGCAGGAAAAAACUCUUCAUCAUGGAGGCGAUUUGGUCGAGGUUCUUCCCCUCCUAUCAGGAGGCGCGCCGACUGAUCAAAGCUGGGGAGAUUGGAGACGUCAAGUACGCCUCAGUAGCUUUUGGAGUGAAAAUCGACAAAGUGGAGCGAGUUACCAACAAGGACCUGGGCGGAAGCGCCACCCUGGACAUCGGCGUUUAUAUAUUGCAGUUCCAGCAGUUUGUCUUCCAGGGGCUUCAACCCGAAAAAAUUGCAGUGGCCGGGCAUCUGGACGAACAUGGGGUGGACGACGCUGUAUCAGCUAUUUUCGUUUAUCCAGACAACAAGACGGCGGUGGUCAGCUGCAAUACCACAGUGGAUCUGCCCAAUGAAGCGGUUAUCGUUGGCUCUAAAGGAACCAUCAAACUGCCCACCUUCUGGUCGCCACUCACCUUAACGCUGAAUAGUAAGGUAAAGGAGUUCCCGCUGAUCCCAAAUGAGGGCAAAUUCAACUACUACAACUCGGCCGGACUGGCCUAUCAGGCAAUAGAGGUGCGAAAGUGCAUACUGGAAGGUAAGCUGGAAAGCGACGUCGUUCCACAUGCGGAAACCAUCCAGCUGGCCGCCUGGAUGGACAAGCUAAGACACGAAGUGGGCAUGAAGCUGCCGCCACCGUUCGAAGACAAUUAAACUGCUUCUCAAGAAUUUUCUGUUCCAGAUUAAGUUUAUGCAAUGAAUGUAUAUUAAAGUAAUUUAUGAAUAGUUUUUAAUUUAAUGAGAAGUGUUUCUUGAUUUUAGAGUUUAACAUCAAAAAUGUAUUGUUUUUUCCCUGAAGUACUUGGACUGAGAACCGAGCGAAUACAGAAGUCUGCGGUCUA